AUGCCUACUGCUACUCGUAAGUCGAUGGUUCAAAGUCCAUUGAUGGACUUAGAGUUAGAUGAGCUGCAAGCAAUGCGAAUCGUCCGAACAGUUGGCCAAGCCUUUGACGUGUGCCAUCGACUGGCCCUCCAGAAACAGGAAAACGAUUCCAACGCAAUUAAAAAGAACGACGAGAAUCGGGUGAGUGGAGAUACAGGCAGCUUCCGUGCAACCUCCCCUCACCGCCGAAAAUCAAUGACCCGAAAUAAUCGUAGUCAUUCAUCGCAUCUGGCUGAAAACUCCUCAGAUGAAAAUGACUGGCGAGGUUCAGCCAGAAGACGACGACAGAACACAUCACGGAAAAAGGCUUGUAGCUCAGAUGACGACCAGGAACCUAAUGGACAUGAUGAACGUGCCAGGAGUGUUGUAUACAGCGACGAAGGUUCUGAUGAGGACCUAAAGAAACCCUUAGCUCCACUGACCUUGAAGAAGGUUAAAAAGGCUUCCGGUAGGCGCAGACGCCGAAAUCAGACAUCCAGUGAUGAAGGUGACGCCUCAAGUGAUAGUUCAGAUUUACCCCGAAGGCAUUUAAAGACCCUCAUGAAACAGAGUAUUACAAACGAUGACUUCUUUACUUGGGGUCAAUUCGGACAUGGAUUUGGUUACACAGCCCCAGCUCCUAUGUCGAUAUUCGGUCUUCCACAAAGUCAGAGCUUGGAUACUAAUCUGGCGAGGGACAUUCUUUGUGGAAGUUCUACUCACUCUAUUCAAAGUCAAUCGAGUCUUCCACCAGAUCCAAUAUUACUUACCCGUCUACUGAGUGAAUUACAGGGAACCUUGACUAGUGAUCAAUCAGUGGCUUCUAAUGAGAAAACCCGGCAGUCCGACCCAUUGUCCUGGGUGCCAUACCUAGGUGGUCGAGGUGAAGCGUUAAGUGAGUCUCAUACUACUCUAAGCCGGCAAUUAGACCUCCUCGAAGCUAAUAUGAUUAAGACAUGCAAGAAUGAUCUACGAUCAAUUUCUUCCUAUCAACUGUCCAAAGAGGCCUCAAGUAUUGCUGACCCUGUCAUGGGAAUUUCAAGCUCGAUUACUACUCCUAAUUUAGCUUCCACAUCAGUUGAUGGUUCGAAGACUGAGGCCAAAUCUCCUGGAGAUAUCACAUCCGCACUCUCAGCAGAAACUCUUGAUAUUCUCAAGCGUCAGCUUAAUAUUCAAGAAACAGAAAAUAAGAUUGCCCUCUUUCAGAUACAUCGGCUAAUGCGCCAACUGAAGCUAGAAGCAGCUGCGAGAAUGGAAGGACAGUAUCGAAUUGAACAACUACUGAGUCAGAACAGAAAUCUUUCCGAAGGUUUCCAAGAAAUGGCCAUUAGGUUGAAGCGACUGAAAAAUCUUUCCCCAAUACCUUCCGCUACCUCAGAGAAAGGCCUUUAUACCACAUCAAAAGCAUUCAACGGUUUAUCCGGCGUCAGAUCACCAGGAGCCACAUCCCGCCUACCUCAAUCCGCCACCUUCGCCACCUCAAAAUCUGAGGGAUUUUCCAGGCUAGCAGAACUGGACGUAAUAGUUCAGAAUAUGCUGACUCCCUCUACCUCAGCACGCCGUGAUUCUCUUCGAAAUGUCACCUCCACCUCCCCACGCCACACUAGACCUCAACACCAACACUCCUCCCUAGGCACUGGCAUCAAUUCGCCCAAGUUGCCCUCUCUCUCGCCCCUGCAGAAUAACAGAAAUGGUAAUGGUAGUUGCAAUAAUUAUAACAAUGAAGCCCGCUUUUCUGGUACUGAUAACUCCUCAAGUCCUGGUGGAAGUAACUCGCAAAGUCUUCCACUUCCACCAUUGAAGUUGCCAUACCGAGGAUCAGAAGGAGAAGAUGGUUUCUUAGAACUUGCCACAAGGUCAACAGCCCCAGUUGAAGGAAAGGUUGCGACAUGCACUUGGGUGGAUGAAUGUUUUGGCAAGGGAGCGGACAACCAGACAACAGGAGAAACAAGUACACAAGCGCCAUCGCUUCCCUUUGAACCCUUCCGUGGACACGAGGAGCUCUCUGAUGCUCUUCUUCCACCCACACCUCCUGCCCGAGUUCAACCGGCUGUAAAUGGCGGAAAUCCCUGGGCAGAUGAUUUAGUGAACAAGGCGACUGGAGGAAAGGAGGCUUCCUUACUAUAA